AUGUUAAUGGAAUAUUGUCCUAAUGAUCUCUUCAAUUUAUUGAAAGGAAAUACUAAUGUUACAGAGGAUCAAAUGCUCAGAUAUAUGCAUGAUAUAUUAAUUGCUAUUAAAGCUUGCCAUGAUCGCAAUAUCGCUCAUAAUGAUAUUAAACCAUCCAAUUUCUUGUUAGAUAAAUAUGGUCGUAUCAAAAUGUGCGAUUUUGGUCUCUCAAGAAUGUACGAUGAACACUGCAUGAGUUCCUGCUAUCGUGGAACAAUGCUUUUCAUGGCACCAGAACUUUUCAAGAAGUCACCAUAUAAUCCAUUAAAGGCCGAUAUUUGGUCAAUCGGCAUUACAUUCUUCUAUAUAGCUACUAGAUCAUUCCCAUUUUUUGCUGCUGAUAAGCAGGUCUAUAUUAAAUCCUUGAAUUCGGGUAUUUAUCCACAGUUCAUUGUACAGAAUCCACAGUUAAGAGUCCUUAUUCAGUCUUGUUUGCAAGUUAACCCAGAAGCGAGACCAACGAUCGAUGAACUCCUCCAAAUGCCAUAUUUCGAUUCUUAUAAUUCUUCGGCUUUCAGAAUGAAAGAAGGAAUCAGAUUGGCAUGCAGCCAGAAUGCUCUUAAUAUGGCACCGUCCUAUCAAAGAUUAACUAAGUUAUCUUCUGGACGUUGCUCAUUAGUUCCAAUCAGGAAACCAAAUAUGCGUAAUAUUGUUAAUAAGAAAGCCACAAUUUAA